AUGGGUGCCAGUUUGACUAGUAUCAAGCGUUUUUCGAUGUCCGCAGAUGAACCUAAAAAGAAACGGAAUAAAAUGGAUGAUGAUGAAUUAGACGAACAAGCAAGGGAGCUUACUAAAGAAUUACCUAGAGGAUGGGAAAAGCGAAUGAGUCGAUCAAAUAGUCGAUUUUAUUAUUUCAAUGUAUACACUGGUCGCAGUCAGUGGGAACGACCCACUAAGCCCGCUGAUCCAGCUCAAGCAGCACUUAGUGAAGUACAUUGUGCCCAUUUGUUGGUAAAACAUAAUUGUUCAAGAAGACCUUCAUCAUGGCGUUCUGAUGCUAUAACGCGCUCGAAAGAAGAUGCAAGAAAAAUUUUAAUGGGUUAUAAAAAACAGAUUGAAGAAUCUUCUAACAAAUUCGGAAAAUUGUGUAGUCUAGCGAAGGAGUUCAGCGAUUGUUCAUCAGCAAAGCGAGGUGGUGAUUUGGGUUUCUUUAAACGGCGACAAAUGCAGAAGAAUUUUGAAGACGCUGCAUUUGCUCUUCAGAUCGGCCAGUUAAGCGAUAUUGUGGACACUGAUUCAGGCUUACAUCUCAUAUAUCGAAUCGCUUGA